UCAGCGAAGACAACCAACGAACGAAGUUGAUGUGGAUGAAGCACCUUUAGACAACGUCAGGUAAAGGCAAGAAAAGCUCACAAUGCACGGAAUCAAGCGAAGUCGACUUACACCUCAAGCUGCUGAGGCAAAACGUCUGAAAGAGCAGAGCAAGAUUGAAACGUAUCUCGCACUCGAGAAGGACGUCCUUACCAGAAAAUCUGCAAAGGAGUACUCUGAAGAAGCAUUGGGGAAAACUACACAACUGCUUGAUUUGAACCCCGAAUUCUACACUAUUUGGAAUUAUCGCCGAGACAUCUUAUUAUCCCUUUUCCCUGCUUUGACUGCGGAGGAAGUAGUCGGGCGUUUGACAACGGAUUUACGAUUGACGACCGCCUAUCUUCUCGUUCACCCAAAGGUCUACUGGAUAUGGAACCAUCGUAAAUGGUGCUUAGAAACCGUACCGUCAGGACCUGGAAAAUCUCAUGAAUGGAAAGCAAAGUUUUGGGAUGGAGAGUUGAAAUUGGUGGAGAAGAUGCUGGACGCUGAUCCCCGAAACUUCCACGCCUGGGGGUAUAGGCGAUACGUUUUAUCUUCGAUGCCGGUACAGCGGCCAUUAACAGAGGAACUAAAUUACACUCAGUCCAAAAUUGAGUCCAACUUCUCCAACUUUUCAGCAUGGCAUUACAGAACCAAGACGCUAGCGGCUAUUUGGGAAGAAAAUAACUCGAGCCCGGAGGACAUCAAGAAAGCAAAGGACAAGGAGUUUGAACUUGUCACACAAGCUCUGUGGACCGAUCCGGGCGAUCAAAGCGGCUGGCUGUAUCACUCUUGGCUCAUUGGGCAAAAGCCACCAAUUGACGUUCUUCAACGUGAAUUGAAGAAUAUUCAGGAGCUUUACGACAUGGAGCCCGACUCAAAAUGGUGUAUCAAUGCUCUUGCGCAGUAUACUCUUCUUCUUGCUAAGCAACCAUCCAUUGCCCCUGAAGAAGCAUAUAAGCUUCGCAAAGACGCAAAGGAAUUGUACGAGAUACUUAUAGAGGUUGAUGUCGAUCGGAAAGAAAGGUAUAGGGAUAUGGCUGCUUCGUGUACUUGAGAGGGAGUACAUAUGUAUACCAUUUACUGCUGUAUGUUAAGGACACAAGGAGAGGAAAAGCUACAUUCUAAACUUUGUUUGAUGACUGCAGACAAAGCUUUGAAGAGCGGUAUGUGGUCGAUUUCAUUUUCAUCACGCAGCAAGAAGACUCGGUCGCGAAUGGACUCGACGGCUUGCUUCACCCUUGUCAGCAACGGACUUAUGUAUGCGCAUAUGUACCGGGAAAGCUCAGUUCACUCCAUUGCGGAACAGGACAUAGAGGCAAGGCUAGGCUUGUCCCAAUCCUAUUAUGCUUUCACAAAUUCUGUUAGCCUGAUCGAACAGGUUCAAAAAGCAUUGGACUUAUUGUGAAGGAGCGGAAAGACUAUCCCGAUCAUGGCGCCUUCUUUCGAGUUUGAAGUUCUGACGCUUUUAAUUAUGUCUUUCAUGUCCAUGUUACUUGCUCGGUCAAGCGACAACACUUCCUGUUGUGCGCCGGCUUAUCCCGUAUUGUUAUGACUAGCCGUUGUACGUAACCCGGCCGUAUCGG